CGGAGACCUGCAGUGCGUCAGUGCGUGCGCGUUUAUCAUUAAUAGGAUGAUAAUCCGAGAUACGUAAUCUGAUUGCACCAAAAAAAUAAAAUAAAAUAAUAAAGGUUGAUUCACAGAUCGAUCGACAAGACAGAAACACCGCGGGAACGGGAAGGGUGGGAAGGGUGUCAGUCACAUCAUUCAGCCCACCGAUUAUUCCUGUUCCUGUUUUUUUUCCCCCCCCUUCUCCCGAAAAAAGAGGCUGGGCCAAUGGAUAGUGGAGACAAGAAUCGCGUACCCAACCUCCCCUAUGUACAAUACGAACGGUCUGACUGUCAUAAAUCUGUCAAUUUUCAAUUGAAUCGACACCGCUUCUACAUAACAUUUCCCAAUUUCAAUUCCAAUCCCAAUUCCAAUUCCAGAUUACUUUGUUUGUUUGUUUCGUUUUUUUCUCGCACUUGCGAUAGCCACCAACCACCAAACUACCGAAUAUACCUACAUCUACAUAACAUUACAUACUGUACAUACAUCAUUAUACAUACCGCCACGAUUUAUGAAAUGAAAUGAAAAGGAAAUGAGUAGUAGUACAUCUCGUCAUCGUACCACUAUGAAUUCACCUUCCUCUAGGCCUCGUCCACGCCAGGCCCAACAACAACCACGUGAUUACGAAGACGCAGCAGCGGCGGCGGCAGCGUACCACAACAGCGGGAAAGCCCCGCGCUUCGAUAGUCACGACGACUUUUACAAUUUCCUCGACAGCAAUCGAGGUCCUAUGUCCGGCCCAGGUGCCAAUCCACCACCCCCCAGCGCAAACCACGGUGCUGCCAUGCAAGGCCAACCCUCACAAAUCCCCCCGCAACAACUGCAGCAACAGCAACUUCAACAGCAACAGCAGCAACGUUUUAGCCAGGGCAGCCAACCUAACAGCCCGUCGCAGAGCAGACCGCCGUUAACAAAUUCCUUUCCCCCGCAAGGAGGAAACACGCCGAACCAAUCGCGGCCUCCGUCAUAUUCAGGCAGUAGCCGUUCCGAAGAGAUGCUCGUAGCAGACCGUACCAGCAGCGACGGCAGAAUCCAGCGCCAGAAUGGCCGUCGCACCGGACCGGGCAAGCCCGUGGCAGGGCCGCGACCACCAAGCAGCUCAGGCGGAUCGUCCCCGCCCCGGAAUCCAGCAGGAUACCCGUCCAACCACCCGCAGAUCCAGCAAGCCCAAGCCCAGGCCAAAGCAGCAGCAGCAGCAGCAGCAGCUUCUUCCGCCUCGACGUCCGACCCCAGCCUAGCAGUCCCCAACGCCAGCCUAGGCGCGUCCAUCCAGCGGCUCAAGAGCCCCAGCGUCAUGGACUGCGUGCUGCAGCCGCUGGACCAGAAGGUGCACGAAUACGCCGAAGUGAUGCACCGCGAGCAGGACGAGAUGGACCGCCUAGACGCCGAGAUCCGGGCGCUGCAGGAGCGGCGCGCCGACGCCGAGACGCGGUUCCUCGAGGCCAAGAGCAAGCACGACGACUACCGACGGCAGUACCUAGACGUCGAGCGUGCUAUGCGCGGCGACCCGCUACCCCCUCCCACUCCGCGGGAACUGCCUCAACAACCGCACCAGGUGCCGCUGGCGCGACAGCAGACGCGGCCCAUGAGUUUCCAGGACGAUGACGACGACGACGACGACGAGUUCGCGCCUCCGCCGUCGUCUCAUCGCCGCAUUAACUCCCAGCAGUCAUUCGGGCGGACCUCGCAGAAGAUGAAGGGGGGUCGUUUCCGGUUCAGUUUGUUUGGGGACAAAUGAACCAACCGGGAGUAACCCGGUUUGAAAUUUAAUGCCUUGAAAGAUAUAUCAAAAUGGAAAAGAGAGGAUGAUUGGUGUAUGUAAUAAAGAUGGAUGGACGUAGGUAACCUAAUGAUUUAUGCUAACGUCUUCCACUUCAUCAAUGUAAUAUGAUGGGGGAUAAUGGUAACGACAAUUAGAGCAUGGGGAUGGGCGUCGUGGGAAGUAAAUUUAAACUUUUUUUCAGGCCCUUGGCGGCUGAGACCCCCUCUAUGUAUGCUACACCUCGAAGAUGAGUGUAAUUGGAUUCGGAACAAAGGAUCGGGGAAUAUGAAAGCUAUCAAAUAAUAUACUUUUAUCUAUUACCUA